AAAUCAAUCAAAAUACCGCGAAAUAUUUAUAGGUUACAAACACAAACGUAAUAAAAAAACAAAAUGCCAGAAAUGGAAAGAAUAACUUUAAAUUAUAAGAAUUUAUCUCAAAAAUAUUCAGGUCAAUUAGGAGACUACAAUAGACAGUAUUGCAGUAUAUACUUGGCUCGUUUAAAAAAUAUGGACAAAUUUCUUCUAGAUAGAAUCAAAGAUAAAUGGGGCGAUACGUAUCCAAUAAUAAAGCUACAUAAAUUAUCACAAGAGAAGUUGGAGACCUGUAUCGUAAUUGGAACAUUAUUUAAAGAUCAGAAAUUAAAGCCUUCAAUUUUAAGAGAACUUUCUGAAGCUAAUCAGCUCGUAGCAGAAGUGAAUCCUAUUUUAAACAACCUUACUGAUGAUUCAGAUAAAUUGUUUAUCGAGGAUGAAGCCCAAAGGUACGAAAUUGAAGGUAAUCUCUCGCUCAAGAAUGUCGUAACAGGCAUAACCAUUGCUUUGUUGGGAUCAGACAUAGGAAAAGGUAAAUUUGCAGCAUCAGAAUACUUAUUUGCCGGAUUUAGAGAACAAAUAGACAGGCCCAUAUUUAAACAAGACACGUUUAUAGUAUUUCUAAGUGGUUUGAAUUUCAUUAAUUAUGAAAAGAUUAUUGGAAAUCUAGAAUUAUUUACUUAUUGGAUAAGUGGAAUGUGUGGAGAUACUUCAAAGGUUGCAAGAGUUGUAAUAGCUGGCAAUAGUUUAAGAGUUGAUGCUGUAAAAAGAAAACCAACAAUAUCUUUGAUCAGUAGAGUAGCAGACUCUACAGACAGUAUAGAAUCCGUCAAAUCAUUUGAUAAUUUCUUAUCUCAACUAUGUUCUGUUGUUGAUGUAGAUCUAAUGCCUGGUGAAAAUGACCCAUCCAAUCAAAUUUUACCACAAAAACCAAUGCAUCCAUGUAUGUUCCCAGAAUCAGCUGUAAACAAAUCUUUAAACCUAGUUUCAAAUCCAUAUUCUUGUUCUUUGGAUAACUUAAAGAUUUUGGGAUCAUCUGGGACUCCAGUACAAAAUAUUAUGUGGUAUUCUGGUAAUGAUACCCCAGUAAAAGCUAUGCAAAAAUGUCUUGAAUGGAGUCAUUUAGCCCCGACUGCUCCUGAUACUUUAGGAUGCUACCCCUAUUACGACGAAGAUCCUUUUAUUAUUGAUGAGUGUCCCCACGUACUUUUUGCUGGAAAUCAGGACGAAUUUGCUACAGAAGUGGUUACAGGAGAAAAGGGACAAAAAGUGAGAUUAAUAAGUAUACCAAAAUUCUGCAACACAUACCAAGCUGUCCUGUUAAAUUUGAACACUCUAGAUUGCACUACGAUGGUUUUUGAACAUCAUUUUUAGAUAAUAAUUUUU